AUGUCGCAAGUGGAACAGCAAGGGCCAAACGCAGCCUUCAAUAUAAUACGCCCGGAAUUGCAAGGCUGGUAUAACGGACAGCUUACAGUCGGAGACUUACGUAAGUACGAAAAGUUAUCAUACAAAGUUGAAAAGAAGAAUUUGGAUUUAACUUUUUUAAGAAACUGUCAGUCAUUUAAUGUUACACCGAAGUUUUUAUGUUUUAAUUUACCACACACCAAUUUUAAUGAUGGGCGAUUAAUACGUAAACGCUUACUGAAAAGUGCCAUUCACAAAGGAGAAAAAGAACGAAUCAAGUUAGGAAAAGAUUAUGUAAAUCACGGCCAAUCUCUUAGUGAUACCUUGAAUUCUAUAGAUUUCUAUGUUUUACGGAAAGCAGCCGAGAAAAGUGUCGAAAAAAGUAUUAGAAAAUACAUUUUUACCCAUGAGAAGAAACUUAGAAGUCUAACUAAAAACGUCGCACAACCGUUUACAGCAGACGAAAUUGUCACCAAUUUAUCUCCGUACAAUUUGCUUGAUGAUGAGAGUGAAAUUUUAAAAAAUGGUCUGUCUUUUGCCAUUCCACCAUCAAUACUUAGGGAAACAGAUGUGUUUGUUUCGCUUGAAAUGAUUUAUCGAUUUAUGUUCUCAAAUUUGAAAGAUAAAAAUGAUGAUAAUCUUUUAAAGUCCAGCCUAUCACAUAUUGCGAACAGUUAUUACCACGAUUACCGACCCAGUGGCGAAGUUAUCAAAAAACAUGGUAUCCUGAAAAAGUUGAAGAAAAACAAUAUUGUUAUUUUAAAGCCGGACAAGGGAAAUGGGGUAGUAAUCUUAGACAGAAAGGAUUAUGAAAAAGGCAUCUUGGAUAUCAUUUUAGACACUACUAAAUUUAAAAAACUCGACAAAAAUCCAACAUUGAAGAGAGAAGGACAGUUACAACGUUUUCUUAGGAAUUUAAAGAAAAAAGGUUUUUUUAGUGACAAAGUGUACAACGAUAUAUAUCCCAGUGGUUCUCAAUCGGCCAGAAUAUACGGCCUUCCUAAAAUGCAUAAAUCUUUGGAAAAUUUACCUAAAUUUAGGCCUAUUAUAUCUUCUAUAGGCACAUGUAACUAUCAACUUGCGAAGUUUUUAGGUGGUUUAUUAUCUGCUGUAAUUCCCAAGGAUUACUGUACUGCAGAUACUUUCACUUUCGUUGAGGAAUUAAAAAAGGUCGAUGGUGUUGCCAUGGGCUCGCCGCUGGCACCUGUUUUAGCGAAUCUUUUCAUGGGCGUUAGGGAAAAGGAAUGGAUAAAAAAUUACUCGGGUUGUGGCCCAACAUACUACCGUAGAUAUGUGGAUGACAUCUUUGCUUUAUUUAACGAUGAAAGUGAAGCGUUGGCCUUUUUUGAAUACUUGAAUCAGAGACACCCUAAUAUAAAAUUUACCUUAGAAAAACAAGUUGAUGGUAGGCUUCCUUAUCUUGACAUUUUAAUUGAGAACACCAGUGACAAAUUUUAUACUUCUGUGUUCCAUAAGUUCCAUAAGUCAACCUAUACUGGCCUUUUAACUAAUUAUUUUAGUUUCACUCCCAAAAUCUAUAAAAUAGGUCUCAUUAAAACACUAAUUGACAGGACUUUCAAAAUUUACAACAGUUGGAAACACUUUGACAUUAAUAUUAAGGCUCCGACUGAAAUUUUGAGAAAAAACUUUUUUCCUACAAAACUGGUAAACCGCCAUAUUUCAAAUUACCUUGAUAAGAAUUUUUCUACAGCUGUCAGUACAGAAACAACUAAUGUAUUAGAAAAGAGGUAUUUUAAAUUGCCUUUUAUUGGCAAGUACUCUAAUACUGCCAAAGAAAAAGUCAAUCAACUUGUCAAUAAGAUGUGUAAAGAAAUCAAUGUGUGCCUCGUUUUUAAGUUGUGUAAAAUUAAAGAUUAUUUUUCUUGCAAUGACUUGCAAUCUAAACUUGUGUAUAAAUUUGUUUGUGCUAGUUGUAAUGCUAGCUAUGUGGGUGAAACCACCAGGCACAUUUCUAGUAGAGUUAAAGAACAUUUGAAUACUGAAAAAAACUUACAAAUAUUUAAGCAUAUGCAGUCAAAUCUUAACUGUAAAUUACUAUGUAACGAAAAUUGUUUUUCUAUUUUGGAUUAUGCAGACACUGAUUGGCAGAGGAAACUCAAAGAGGAAAAACGGCGCUCCAUAAAAACGGGUAUUUUUGAAGAAAAAGCCAAAAAAGAUCUUACCAUGUCCGAAGCGUUACCUAAAUAUUACGCCUUGUUUAAUGGAAUACAAAAACUUAUUCCACGCCCUAGGAAGUUUUCAAAACAUAUUGAAAUUUAA